GGAGGUCUGCAGCUGUCUGGCUGUGGUCAGGCUGCUGAGAAUCGAAACUUACCCGGGUAGUGUGAAUUGUCGGCCCGUCAGAAACGAAAGCUCCUCGGGGCUUUUCUCCAGCCGAAGCUCUUCCGUCUUCUCUCUUCCCGGAACCAGCAUGAGACGCGUUUAAACUUUGCUUCGGCUCAAUGAACUUCCUCGUUUCUUCAUCUGUGAACAAGCAUGGACCCUGCCCGAGAGAAACGUAAAGAGGAGAUACACAAAGCUCUGGCAUUCAUACAGUCAUCCCUGGCGUACCCUGACCCCGAUGGCUAUCAGGAGUUCCUGACCCAGUUAGUGUGCAACCUGCUUGAUGAGGGCAACGCCUUCUUCCGAGACGGUCAGUUUGAGCAGGCUGUCAGAGAAUUCAGCGAAGGCUUGAAUGUCUCAUGCUACGCUGAAGCCGAGGAGAUCAAGAUAUCUGAAGUUUUCCUCGAGAGCCUGUAUGUCAACCGGGCUGCUGCCUACCACAGCAUGGGGGAGUAUGGACAAGGUGUGUUGGACUGCAACAGUGCGCUGGAAGUCUGCAAGGACAGCCGCAGAGCGCUGUACAAGAAGGCACUUUGUUUGAGGGAGCUUGGAAAGCACAAGGAGGCCUACGACUGCACCGCCAGCUAUCUGCUCAUUAAUCCUCAGGACAAACAGGUGAAUGAGCUCGCACAGGAACUGGCCACCCAUCUGGGACUGAAGAUUCGAAAACCUUACGUCAGCGCAAAGAUGUCUGCUGGUAACACACAAAAUGAUAAUGGAAUCAAACCAGUCAGCUUCCCCAGCAUGCCUCAGUCCUCCAUUCCUUCCACAAUUACCGGCUGCAGCACACCUACUAACACUGCAGCACCUGAAAAUUUGGACACUAUUGAGGACUCCGAGCUGAUGGGAGAUGACAUUGACAGUCUGCUGGACUGUGUUUCCACUGAGCCAGGCACAACUGAGGCAGUGUUCUCAGUGCCCAGUAGGACAUCCACUUGCACACAAACAGUCCCAUCUGUCUUGCCAGCCCCAACACCCCAGCUACCCCCAGCCUUCUUCAACUCGGCGAUCAACCAACUCAACUCCCUGGACUGCUUUUCUGGUGGUAGGCUCGGCGCAUCAGCUUCUACACUGGAUAUCCUAGAUGACCUCUCAACCUCUGGAAAUGGAGGUGGCGCAGACGCUUCAAACUUACUACUGACCUCCACGGAGCUGGAUGCUCUGGAUGGUCUUGAUUCCCUCGAUGAUGUCUUGGCCAAGCCGCCAAGGGCCGCUGCUGCUGCUGAGGAAGUUAUUGAGGCCAAAACAGAGCUGGAUGUAGGGGAAAAGUCCCUUGAUGAACUGCUAGAUGAACUAGAUCCCUCAGAGACACUCUCUGAUCCAAGCAGUCAGGGUGGUCAUGUCUCUAAAAUUAGGAUUAAAAACAUGGACCGGCUUGACUCUCUUGAUUCCUUGGACUCAUUUUCCUCUGUGGAUGGUGUUAGGGUAGCUUCGCCAGCAUUCUCAGUUGGGGGAGUUGGCCUGGACUCGCUCUCUGAUUUCAACUCAACAGCCUCUUAUAGUGCUGCAGCUCCGGUAAUGCGAUCUGCAAAAAAUCACUACAAAGAGAAGGAAAACCAAGGGCUGGCUGCAGUCUAUAACCCCCUGUCCUCUACCCAUGAGUUCCUGCAGGCCUGCUCUGCUUGCUACCCUCGAGAAGGUGUAGGGAUAUAUACUUACGUUCACAAGCCAGACCUGGUCCAUAACUGUAAGAGAGACAUUCUGCUGUGCAGACUGAAAGCUGAUCCUCCCGCAGAGUGGACCAGAGUGCGACCACUGCCAAACUUGAGGUCCUUUGGUGGGCAAUUUGUACUUUGCAGAGAAUUGCUGAAGUCCGGGGACUUGGGUGUGUGUAAGUAUGGAGAGAAGUGCACGUUUGCCUACAACCAGCUGGAGAUUGAUGUUUGGACAGAAGAGAGGAAAGGGAAGCUGGACAGAAACCUGCUGUUUGGGACAAAACCUGUCAAACUGGACCCUGUAAGCAGCAUCAUACGCCUCCUACAGGAAGACAAAGGCACGUUCGUGUUCCUCUGUCAGGCGUGCUAUGACGGUAAACCAAGAAUCAUCAGUAAGCGCUGCCGAGACAAUCAGACCAUCUGCUCUAACUUGGAUGUUCGCCACAACUUUGAUGCUAAUAAGUGCUUGGCAUUUGUGGUACAAACCCACAAUGUAAACUACAGAAAGGUUCGCCCACUAAGCGUCCUGUGCCACAUGGAUCUGUGCCGCCAAGCCAUCCGGUACGGCUGCAUGAGAGAGGACGAAUGCCACUACGCCCACUCUGUUAUCGAGCUCAAAACCUGGAAGGUGCAGCAAGACACAGGUGUCAGCUUUGAAGAGAUUGUGAGAAUAUCCACAAAGUAUCAUGAUAAGCAGGAACAAAACACAAGCAAACACAAAGGAAACAGAUUGUCUUCUGGAGGGGGUGGGAGUAAACCAGGAGGAGGAGGAGGUGCUGGGAAGAGUCUGAAUAUGCGGAUGAAGUUUGCCUGUGGUCAGUGCUGGCUGGAUGGCUUGAUCAGCGAGCCAGACAAAACCCUCAAGUACUGCGGUGCCAAAGCCAGACAUGCGUGGACUAAAGACAGGCGAGUACUGCUGGUCAAGUCCUCAGAGAGAAGUAAAUGGGUUCAGGUGCGACCGCUGCCACACGCUAAGGAUUUCCCUGCGCAGUAUUGUAUGUGUGCACAGAUUUUGGAGAAGAAGAAAUGUACCUACUCUGGAGUCUGCACUUUUGCUCACAGCCCAGAGGAGAAGGACAUGUGGAUGUAUAUGAAGAAUAAUGACUUGAAGGACAUGCAGCAGAUGUAUGACAUGUGGAUGAUAUUAAGUGGUCAUAACCGUCAAGCAGAUGGAGCCAUGGCUGCACAGCCCAUCCCUGAGGAAAAAUGCAUCACCAUGCCCACUGACUAUGCUGAACCAAUGAGUGGCUUUCACUGCCGCCUGUGUGGCAAACACAGUAACAGCGAGCGGCAGUGGCAGCAGCACAUUUCCACUGAGAAGCACAAAGACAGAGUGUUCAGCUGUGAGGGAGAUGAAGCCCUGACGUGGAGCUAUCGUUUCCCGGGCACACGUUUUGAACUCUGCCCCAAGUUGGAUGGUAGCUGUCCUGACGGUGUAAGCUGUGACUACGCCCACAGCCCAGAGGAGCUCCAGGAGUGGCUAGAGAGACGAGAUUUCCUCCGACAAAAGCUGGCCAAAGCUAGGGAAGAUAUGCUCAUCAUGCCUGAGGAGGUCGACUUUGGAAAGUACAACUUCCUGCUUCAGGACUAAGAAGAUUUUGACUUUGUGAGCCAUUUAUAUAACUGCCAAACUGCAUUUCUUAACUGCAUUAAAAGUUUUCAAAUCAAAACCAACAGCAGUACUUCACUUGAAGACAACAAUCUAUAUUCCAAAAGAAAAACUUGAAUUUAAACAAGUGCAGAUUUUAAUUUCUUGUGUGUGGAGCUACAUUUAGAACCCGUGUCUCUACAGCUAAAAUAUUAACUACAUGGCGCUGUGAAUUGUGUUGGUGCCACACUAAAAAAAGACACCCAUGUGGAUCAUUACUGAAGAUUCAUAAAGGUUUCAUAUGUCAUACCUGCAGCCUUCCUUGUGCCUUUGUUCUUUUACCUUCUGUUUGUGUUUUGCUCAAUCAGGGAUUAUUACUGAAGUGUGCCUUCAUUGUGCAGUUCACUAAGAAAAGAGGUGUUCAAAACUUUAACUGUGCAAUAAAAUGUUCCCUAUAUGACAA